CAUGUGUGGAGAUGGACACACGCUUGUCCACAACUGGAUCUGGCUUGUUGGAACAGAAACCCGGAAACACAUGUUUAUCAUAGUCUGAUGCCGUUUUUAUGGAAUCGUAACCCACUUUUUUACUGAUCACGUACACAACUAAUCUCUUCUGUAUUAUUUCAGAACAGCUGUUGAACAUAGGUAAGUUUAUGUUUUAUGGAAUUACGUUUCAACAGUUUGCACACACUGGUUUAAGAAUCAGUGUCCUGGAGGAUCAAGAUUGUACUAAAGGCAUUAGGUUUGUUUAAAGAUGUUGCUAGCACCUUGGUUAUAAAUCCUGGUUUAGCUGUGUCUGCUCCUGUCAAAUCCAGAGCAAUAUCUCUACAAAUUCGUUACACAUUUGUCACAGACGCUUGUCUGGAAACAUAUACUGCAGGAAAGAGGGAGAAAAACAGUGCCGGGAAAGUAAUGUGAGAAAAAAAAGAAAGAAUUUGUGUUUUGGCUCUCAGUCAGGCUGGAGUUGACUCUCCUACUCACUCCCUUCCUUCUCACUCUUGCCUGCUUCUCUUCGUCUUAACUUUCUCCCUCACAUCUGGAGGAUAUCUGGUGUGGCUGGGACUCUUCGCCUGCUAUGGGACAGCCUAUGUUUGGACUGUUCAUCAGACUGAAGCGCCUGCCAGCGAAUGUUCUACUGACGUGCAGGACAGGAGGUGUGCACAUGGACUUUCCCAAAAACUCUCUUAUACUGGCCUUCAGUGUGCUGAUCAUGGCAUGGCUGCUAGUGCAUGGCCAGACCCCUCUCAAAACAGAGGUAGAGGAUGAAGAUGAGGAUAUAACAGAAGAUGAUACUGUAACCACGGUGACAAAAUCUAAGCCAACUGAAUGCCCGCUAGAAUGCAGCUGCACAGCGGAGGGGGAAGUGGACUGUGCAGGAGUGGACCUCACUGAGUUUCCAGCUGAACUAUCUGAUGAAACUCGCCAGCUCUCUCUUCAGAACAACAAGAUAAAACAAAUAACAGUGGAGCAAAUUUCCCAUCUGCACCAACUUGAGACUCUCAACCUUCAGAACAACUGGCUCACCACUGAUGGUCUUGAAGAUGAAGGGUUUGAGAUGCUCGAACAGCUGGCUUAUUUAUACCUGGCAAAUAAUAAGCUCACAUCUGCACCAAAGGUCCUUCCAUCCUCUUUGGUUAGUGCUGACUUUGCUGCCAACCAGCUUACAAAGAUCUACCCAUAUACAUUUGGUCAUAAACCAAAUCUAAGGUCUGCGUAUCUCCAUAACAACAAGUUGACUGAUGCGGGGCUUCCUCAUCACAUGUUUAAUGGCUCUACUAACCUGGAGAUCCUUACUAUGUCCAGCAACUUGCUGCAUGUUGUCCCCAGAACCCUACCUUCCGGUCUAUACCGUCUACAUCUGAAGAAUAACAAGCUAAAGGAAAUUCCAGCAGGUGUCUUUGACAACAUGCCAAACCUCAGAGAACUGUAUCUCCAGAGCAAUCUCUUCAGCAGUGAGGACAUAGAUAAUGAGACUUUCAGCCAACUAAGUAGCCUUGAGUGUCUCGACUUGUCAAAUAACAACCUGAGCGUUGUUCCCAAGGGUCUGCCUCGCAAUCUGGUGCUGUUGCACCUGGAAAAGAACUCCAUUCGCAGCAUCCCUGGAGAUGCUCUCACCUCUGUGCGAAACCUUCAAUACCUUCUCCUCCACAAUAACAUGCUUCGCUCCCGUUUUAUUCACCCAGCUGCUUUCCAGGGCUUAAAGAAGCUGCACACACUUCACAUGUACAAUAAUUUGCUGGAGCGUGUUCCCAGGGGCUUGCCUCGACGAGCUAAGAUCGUUAUGUUGCUGCACAACUCUAUUUCUGAAAUUGGCCACAAUGAUCUGACUUUCCUGUAUACCCUGACGGAGUUAAAUCUCAGCUACAACAAGUUGACCAGCCCCAAGAUAAACCGCGAGGCCUUUAGGAAGCUGCGUGUGCUGGAAGUUCUGGACUUGUCAGGGAACAACCUUCAUACAAUGCCCCUUGGUCUUCCUCGCAGUCUACAAGUUCUUGAAAUCAAGAACAACAAGCUCCGUUCCAUACCAGAUGGUGCACUGACGGGGAUGGAGAAGCUACAAAAGUUGAUCCUGAGUGGUAACCAACUAAAACUGAAUUCAGUCUACCAGGGAGCCUGGAUGGAUCUCAGUGCACUCACGACACUCGACCUGUCAAGUAACCAGCUGACACACAUUCCCUCUGACUUGCCUGAGUCUUUGGAAUACCUUUACUUACAAAGCAACCGCAUCUCAAGUGUUCCUGCUUCAGCCUUUGAAGGCACACCAAACAUUAAAGGCAUCUUCCUCAGGUUUAACCGGCUGUCUGGCAACGUCGGGGAUGAGAGCUCCUUUGCGCAUCUACCUAACUUGCAAGUGCUCGACUUAGGAACAGGAAACAGUCCUCCCCUUGAACAAGAAGAGCUGGAGGCUGAUGAGACAGCAGAGAAGCUGCCGCAAACAACAAGCAACAGAUAAAGCUUGCUAAAUGGAAUUAACUCACUUUCUUCUCCUGGAUUUGUCUCUGUGUUGUGUUGAGUUGCAGUUGGCAUGUUUGCUGGUGAAUGGUAUUUUCAAGGGGGAUUUUAUACAGCAUAUCGCUAUAUCUUAUCAUUCAUAAUCACUUUUGAUGGCUGACAUGAAACAUCUAUCACACAAUUCUUUUUUUUUGUGCUUUAUGCUAAAAAGUGUUAUAGUAUAAAUAUGAGAAAUAUCUGUGUACUGUGGAGGAUGGGGCACGGCAAAAAACACACCUGGUUGCUCAUUUUGUGUUGAGGAAAACAAUACAUUGCCUUUGUGCCAAUCAGCUUGACUUUGUUGUCAUGGUAAUUCAUGGUAAAACACUCAGCUAAUCUGUAUUCUGUCUAGGUGACUGGUGUUGUAGGCAGGAGGGCAGAGGUAGAAGUGCCAUUACUGUCAGCAAUAGGCCAGAAAGUUACAUAUACAGCAAACUACUGUGGGUUGAAAAAGGUCUGUAUUUAAGACUUAAACAAACCUAGUUAAUGCUGGUGUGCAACCGUUGACAUGUUGGCCACAUUUUUGCAGGGCAGAUGAUGGUACUUCUAACUUUGUGCAUUUCACUUAUGGUUCAGGUUGUAACCUAGAUUAAAUAUGAGGAAACAGUUGCUCUGUGGCUUGUUAGCGUAUCUGCCCACUCUGUACACUAAUCACAUCUGUAGACUGUUGUAGUUGGCCGGUAGUGGGAGUUCAUGUGUGGUUGAAUUCUUUUAAGAUUCAUUCUCAUCUUGUAAAUCUUUGAGGGGAAACCACUUACUUCACCAUUAUAUAUGCCAAAUUUAAAACAAUGUCAACAUAUCAGACGUCUAUGCUGCUGCUCCUUCAUUCCCCCUCUGUAUUUUAUAGAGUUAGAUAUAUCACAUUCAAUAUGACAUCAAAGUAUUCAUCUUACGAUAUUCUUAUGAAUGGUGUUACUUUCAAAUAUAUUCAAUUUGUACUGUCACAUUAUAAAUUCAC